AUGGAGUAUGCCCUAACGAACAAGGAUAACUGUCAAUGCAUCAAUCAACCAACGUAUAUCAGUCCCUGCGAUAUGUGUCCGGCACCGACUAGACCACCACAUUUUGUGACACCUGGGUCUCAAGCCGAACGCAGCCUAGCUUUCUCCUGGAGCCUCCCAGCAUGUGGAAGCCGAGGCGGUGACAUCACAGGAUACGUCUAUAGGCUUAGUACAAGUGGCGCUGCACCAAUGACUGGUCAGACGACAGCGAGCCCCUCUGGUGGAGCAGUUACAAUAGAUGGACUUACUCCUUUCACUCUUUACAGUUUCAACAUUGCUGCACAAACAAAUAAUGGGACUGGACCGUACAGCGCGGCUAUAACAUCAAGAACACUGGAAGCAGUCUCAACAGAGCCCACGGUUCCCUUGGAUGUUCGCGUCCUGUCGACAGAUGACAGGUCUGUCAGUCUGGGUUGGAGUAAACCAGAUCGACCAAAUGGACGCAUCACGCACUACAAUGUUCGCUACUGGAGGAGUGGAGAAAUAGGAAUCAAACAGACUGACACCAAUGUAGUGGGGCUGGUGCAUCGUAUCCUGGGCCUUGAAGUCGAUGUGACGUACCACUUUCAGGUGCAAGCUGUGACGUCUGCUGGUCAAGGCUAUUGGAGUGAACCUAUCGAAGCAACGACAACAAUCGGAGGUGUUGUCAACACUGAUGGCCAGAUAUACGAGGAUGUUGGGCUUCCCAUCUGGGCCAGGAAACUGGAAAUCAAAUGGGAGAAUUUGAUCAUCGAUGAUGAGAUUCUGGGUAAGGGUAACUUUGGCGAGGUCCGGGCAGGAGGCGUGAGGAUCGGAGGCCAGGUCACCAAAGCAGCCAUCAAAACUCUAAAAGUUAACUGUGUUUCGUUGGUCUUCCAAUAA